AUGGCAGAUACUCACCGACCAUUGACGCUGCGCGUGGAAUUGCAGCAGCAGCUCGGACUGCCGGGGACUCUGCAGGCGCCACUCACACUGCGACUGCCAGAGCAUCCAGCAUCGGUGUCAGAGCUAGACGCCGUGCUUCGACAGCAGUUCACAGAGCAUUUAGCAACCGCUGAAGAUGGGUAUCAAGCAGCGAAGGAACUGGAGAUGGCAGUUGAGGUUUACGACCAAAAGACACAGCAGUUCACUCCACUGGAAGAGAUCUCGCAGCUCGGACGCCGGUCAAGAUUGAGCGUGACGCUCACCAACGCCGAUGAGCUCUUCCCUGGCCACACUUGUCUAGCAUUACCCUCAAGGAUCUUUGGGCUUGAUGUGGCGGAGGGCGACCAGUUUGCUAUCGACGGGAGGGUGGUGCAUAUCGGCGAGGUGGGAAACUCAGGCAAGGGCACGGGGUUGACGACGUGGGACGGAUCCGUUGUGCUAGCCAGGUACCUGGAGCAUCAGCGGCGUGGUGACAUUGCAGGAAGUCGUAUUGUGGAGCUGGGCGCUGGAACGGGGCUGGUGGGCAUCUCUGCUGCACUGCUAGGGGCACGACAGGUUAUUCUCACAGACCUCGACUACGUUGUCGACAACCUCGCCAAGAAUGUCGCCGAGACGAUGAAACUCGCUGCAAACGCAGGCAAACCCGUCGACAGCGACAUCUCCACGCGUGUGUUGGACUGGUUCAAUCCGCCAACGGACUUGGGCGAUAUCGACUUCCUGUUGGCGUCGGACGUUGUGUGGGUCGAGGAGCUCAUUCCACCGCUGGUGGCGACCUUCGAUACGCUGCUGCGCCACUCAAGUAUUAAGACCCGCAUCCUCAUGUCGUACCAGAAGCGCAGCAUUGUGUCGGACCGCCUGCUCUUCAGCGAGCUGGAGCGCCACCACCUCGUCAAGACGCGCGUCCCAGCUGCGAGUCUGCACCCGCAGUUUUCCACGGACCGGAUCGACGUCUGGGAGAUUGAGCGGGGAACCGAAGAGCGAAGCGACUAG